GGACUUUCCCACACACACACACUUCCACAAACACGCUUGGGCUUUUUUCUCUCUCCACAGCUCAGACACACAAUUCAGUCUCUUCCACUCGGACCGACACAGGACUGACGGACUCCUCACACAACUGGGUCUACUUUGGAACAAGACGAUAAAAAGUGCAGCCAUGGGGAAAGGAUGCAUCACAGUCACCAAGUACUUUCUGUUCCUCUUCAACCUCCUCUUUUUUAUCUUUGGAGCACUCAUCAUGGGCUUCGGACUAUGGGUUCUCUUUGAUAACCAGAGCUUCAUCGCUGUUCUACAGGAAUCAUCAGACACGGUGAAAGUAGCGUCCUACAUUCUCAUCGGAGUGGGUUCCUUGUCCAUGGCCAUGGGAUUUUUCGGCUGCAUAGGAGCUAUCUACGAAAUUCGUUGCCUGCUGGGUCUGUACUUCACCUGCCUCCUGCUCAUUCUCAUCGCUCAGGUGACUGCUGGAGUUCUCAUUUACUUCCAAAGGGAUCGGUUGAAACAUGAGAUGUCCAACAUCAUAAAGGGAAUGAUAAUCAACUACACUGGACAGAACAGGACCACAGAGCACACCUGGGAUUACGUUCAGAGGACGAUGAAGUGCUGUGGAUGGACUGGUCCAGGCAACUGGUCUGAGAACAUUUUGAUCAAGAACAGCACCCAGAACCUCUACCCGUGUUCUUGUCGUAAUUCGUCCCUGCCUGGCUCUGACAUCAAGGAAUUUGGUCUGUGUGAGAGUCUGUCACCAAACCUACCCGUCCAUGAAACGGGCUGUAUAACCAGUGUGGAGAGAUGGCUUCUGGAAAACUGUGGAGUUAUUCUGGGAAUCUGUGUUGGAGUGGCAGUUGUUGAGCUCCUUGGGAUGAUCCUCUCCAUGUGUCUGUGCAAAAGUGUCGUCCAGGAGGAUUAUACCAAAGUCCCAAAGUACUGAGCUGAAGACAGAGCAGCUUCACAUCACACACAGAUGGAUGGACUCCUUCCCUCUCUGCCUCUCCUUGUCUCACACUCUUUUGUACAUACACGCACGUGCACACACACACACACACACACACACACACACACACACACACACACACACACACACAGCUGUCUCCAACAUUUGAGCUUCUCCUGCCUUCACAGCUGUGCAAAUUUCUCACGCACAACAUGUCCCACACACACGUGAACACAUGCACACACACCUCUCAAUCAAGUUGGACACAACUGUUGGACAACGUAUCAUUUUGCAUUUUGAGAAUACUUUUCACAUAAUGGUUAGAUAACGUUUUGGUGGAAGCCUGAGAAUUUUUGCUGUUUGAUGCUAUGCAGAUGUUCAUGUAUGAAAAGACUCUUUGUGUUGUUAUGUUUGGCUGACCUCAGUGAAGCGCUUAACAUAGUAGUAGAGAGAGCACUUUAGUGACAUUUGGUGAGCUGAGAGCGGGAGCAUCUUCUGCCUCCGAGGCAGGAGAGAAGGAGAAGGGAGGGUGUGUGAGGCUGCGUGGUAGACGCUCACCAGGAUUAAUCCCACUCUGUGAUCCUGCAGCUGGUAUUUUUGGUUCAGAGGGUGGAGGAGAGGCCCGGGGCUGAGCCAGGGCAGGGCUCCUGCGGUAGACGUUUUGGCUUUCUCGUACCCAGUAGCCCUGAUAUUAACCUCCGUUUACACCCACCACCACCUCCUUCUCCCUCCUGCUUAUCCAUCAUCUGUUUAGUGUCUUUAAAUCACGUCUCUGUCUUUGUUUCGUGUGUUUUUGACUGGUAACAAAAUGACUAGUUCUGCAUGAAGUACAUGUGAGUAUGAUGUGUCGAGUGAAUAUUUUGUUUCUCUUUGUUCUUUUUUAUAUUUACAUGUCAUCUCUGUUUUUUAUAAGUGUACAUAAUGACUUUGGGAAGGGAUUACAGCACUUCUGUGCUCAGUCAGCUUUUUAUAUGGGAAAGCUGUCACCCACAGGCCCUUGUUUUAAGAGUCCUAUUGUUCUUUGUUUCCUCUCUGUGUAUGAUGUACAGCAAGUGGCUUCAAAGCAGGUCGUCAGCACUAUUUUGGUCUGAAUCCAAGAGCUCUGAACUAUACUUUGAGUUCCUCUGAAUCUGUCAUCAGUCUCUAAGAUCUGUGUGUCAUGGAUAUGAGUUUGUGAACAGCCAUAGUGCCUGCCAGUGAUAUCUUCAUCACCUGCUUUCAUUUUGACAAAUGUUUUUCUACCAUCACAGCAGUAGAAUAUGAAACGGGCAGUUGUGUGACCACAGUGUAUUUUCCCUUCUCUGCAUGAUUGUUUUCCGAGAAGUAAUUUAGCCUAGUUUAUAUUAUCGGUAACACAAGCACUGAGAAAUGAGAAUCUAAUUUUGAUUGCGUAUUUCAGAGGCCGCUGAGACCAUAAAAUGUUCAUCACCUCGUACUAUCUUCUCUAAAAACCUUUUGCAUUUUAACUUUGCUUGUAAUUUCCUUAUCCCACUUAUUGUAUGUCUUUGUCUCAUUUCUUCCAUUUCAUUUCAAACAUACUAUAUUUAUGGUUAAUUUAGUGGACAGAUUGCACUUUUAUGUGGUUUGUAGUUUUUCAUGCCAUCCCCAGAAGUCAUUUCAAAUCACGCUCAUGUUGCAGCCACACAAAAGGGAGGAAACGAGCCAUUUUGGAAAAAAAUGUUUUUCAUUUUAUGCCAAAUUGACAGAUUAAUUUAACUUAAUAAAAAUAUGAAGGCUUUUAUUGUAUGUUUAAAAUAUUUUUACACUUUAACAAAAAAAGAUUUUGUUUGGUUGAAAAAAAAAACAUUUGUGGACCUGUAAGCCAUGUUUAAAAACAGAUUUUGUAUUUCUUUUUUAUUAUUAUGGAUGACUCUUAAUAAAUCUGAACCCAUU